AGGAUUUGUUUCGAUAUUCGGCCAAAUCUUUCGUGAAGGAUUCCCGGGUUCGACUGAAUCCAAAAUAGUGGAUUUGGUGCAUCCCUAAUAUAAACACAAAUGUAGAAGAUUCAUAAAAACAGUUCAUGAAAAGCACCAUGUUCUUUUGCUGUUCUAUUGCUGUUCUUUAACCAGAAUUUCAUAAUAAAUACAGGUGCUAAUUAACAUCUGUGUUCCAAAAUAUUGUGAAUUAGCAUUGUGCUAAAGUGGGGGUGUGCAAUUAGUGAUGGGAGAAUUCGUCAAGUUUAGUUUUGACGAAAAAUUUCCAGCGAAAUUCGGGAAACAAAUAUUUGUGAAACGCAAAUUUUCACGCCGGCGUCAAUUUGUGGGCGUAAAAAUUGACACUGGCAAAAAAAAAAUUUGGCGGCAUCAAGAAAAUGUUUGACGCCGGCUGAUUUUCGCGGCAGUUUUGCAAAACGCGAAACUAGCCACGAAUUCGCGCCUGCCGAAUAAAUUCGUCUAUCACUAUGUGCUAUCAGUUGGGAAUGUGAUAUUGAUAAGAUGAAAGUGAGUUGCAUCAGUGUGCCCUGUACUUUGCAUCUGGUAAAAUGCAAAAGCAACCAGUACAAGGCUCAAGUAUAGAGGAGCAAUAUAGACAUAUACCUUUGUGAACUGUAUUUAAAUUUACACAAUUUUGCAAUCAUUACAUUGUUUCACACUUAUACAAGUAAAUGAGCCCUCAACUGUGUGGAAUCAAUUACACUUUUUGGCCCCUAUAUAAAGGCAUUUUAUUCAGGCGUAUGUACGUAUAUUUUUAUUUGUAUAGCCCUGCUUGAGGGCAAAGCACUGUACAGCAAAAAGGUGUAUGUUUGAACGCAGGUUUGAUUGCACUUUAACGUUAGCUAAUUCAUUCCCUUUUAUUCUGCCUGGCUGUACCCACCAGUUUUGAGAUCUGUGUUUUAACACAAUUGAAUUUAUUUGCAUCUCAUUUUUUUAUUGUAAUACUGUAAGAGAAAUGCAUUUCGAAUGCAUAGAAAACUCACAAAAGUGCACUUACUUGCUUAAAAAAAACAUUGAAUUGGAAAAUAUGCUUUUUGAUGUGUUUAACAAGCAUUUAUGUAGGCUUAAGUCUGCUUAACACUUAAUAGCAGGCAUGGGAAGGUUGCUGUAAAGAAAGAGUUAAUUUUAUAUGCUUACCUGAGGUAGAAAAUUGCAGUCAGCAAAGUCCCUGGCUUGAUUGAAGGUCCCGGGCGACAGCUGGGUAGAAAAGAAAGUGAUUGGUGGUUAGCAAUCACGUGACCUAAAAGAAGGGUUAUAAAAGCCGGUUCGCGGCUAGCUUACCUGUCAGUCUGCGAAGAUCGGUGAAGGAGGAGCAUCGUCAACAUGCUGUCCAGAUUUGCCGCUACAGCCGCAUCGGAACCUCCGCCGCUCGCCGCUGAGGAUGUCCUACAAUGGCUUCAGGAGAAGGCGGGUCUGGAAGAAAUCAAUCGCGUCAUCGUGGGUUGCCGUCAGGAGCUUCAAGGCGAUUCCGAUGAGAACUCCGCCUGCCAAUCAGAAGACACUUCCGGGUCCGGCAAUUAGCCAAUCAGAUCGUCGCCUACGAAAAGAGGAAAAAUAAAAGCUCCGGUUAAAAAAGCCGCAUUCAAGAGUCUUCCGGCGCAGAGGAAGAAGCUAUCGGCCGCCGCUCCACGGAAGAAUCUCCGCACCCCAGCAGCAUCAAGCAAGGCUGUUUCCGCUUCAGGCAAGAAUCUUCAGGGACAACUCCGCUCCACUUCAGAUGGUCAGACGAGGUCCCACGCUCCGCCGUCGCUUCUCUGCUCGGAUCCUGGGACAAGUCAAGAGAGGCCAAGCACGUCAUCGGAGUCUGCUAGCAACGUCCCUAGAUGGCCGGCGUCUUCACCACCGCAGACGUCUUUGCUGGCGGAGGUCGAGUUUGGGAUGGCAUCGGAGGCUGCCAUGGAGCUCCAGAGCGCUGAUGCAAGUGUCUUUGGGGCUCAAACAGCUGGGCUUGCUACUUUAGCGAUGCCAAACACUUCUAGCCAUCCUACGGUGGCUAGGGCAGCCUCUGUUCCUCCCUCCCUCCCAGCUCAGGUCGGCAUUCAACAGGAUCCACAUCCACAGGCAAGUGCGGAGCAGGGUUCAAGACUACUACAAGAACUAGCCCAUCCCUUGGUUAUCAAAAUUGCCUUAACCAUCAGAGACCACAAGGGGGAUCUUACGGAAACAACCCACUCAUGUCUUACAACUCCCAUGAACACCUGUCCAGCAGAGGAGUGGGCAUGCUCCAACCUCGCAGCACAGUCAAGCACUGUCAGUUGAAGUCAGAGCCAUUGUCAAGCACUGGUUUGGAUUCAAUUGGGAGUAAAAGAUUAGAUGAUGUAUCCGAAGGAGAUAUAUCUAGUCCUGCUUCUGUUGGAACACAGGACCCACUGCUUGGAUUGCUGGAUGGGCGUGAUGACUUGGAGAAGGAUGAUGGCAAACAUGAGCCGGAAAUAGUGUACGAGACCAACUGUCACUGGGAAAGCUGUACUAAGGAGUUUGACACUCAGGAACAUCUUGUUCAUCACAUAAACAAUGAGCAUAUCCAUGGGGAAAAGAAGGAGUUUGUGUGCCACUGGCAAGACUGUUCGCGAGAACUCAGACCCUUUAAGGCACAAUAUAUGCUGGUGGUCCAUAUGAGGAGGCACACAGGAGAGAAACCUCACAAAUGCACAUUUGAGGGAUGUAACAAGGCUUAUUCACGACUUGAGAACUUGAAGACUCACCUGAGGUCCCAUACCGGUGAAAAACCUUAUGUAUGUGAGCAUGAGGGCUGCAACAAGGCCUUCUCCAAUGCCUCCGACAGAGCCAAGCACCAAAACCGAACUCACUCUAAUGAGAAACCAUAUGUAUGCAAGAUCCCCGGCUGCACCAAGCGCUACACAGAUCCUAGUUCUCUCAGGAAGCAUGUUAAAACUGUACAUGGCCCGGAGGCACACAUUACCAAGAAGCACCGUGGAGAUGGGAUGCUCAGGGCUCAGCCCGGUCACGAGGGACCUGGGAAUCAAAAUGUUAAAGGGGAAAAUCAGCUGGAUAUGGAAGCAAGCUCAGCUUGCAAGGAAGAUGGAAGACUUGCUGUGCCAGAUAUAACUUUGAAGUCUCAGCCCAGUCCUGGUGGACAGUCAUCUUGCAGCAGUGAAAGGUCCCCUUUGGGAAGCACCAACAAUAAUGAUAGCGGUGUGGAAAUGAAUGCCAACACAGGAGGAAGCUUUGAGGACCUCACCAACCUAGAUGAUAUUCCUUCUGUAGAUUCAAUGGGCACUGCAGGUGCUUCAGCCCUAAGAAAGUUGGAGAAUCUUAGGAUUGACAAACUGAACCAACUACGUAAAACCCCAUCCUCAGGAAAGAUGGUCAAACUGCCUUCUAUCCACAACAGUGGUCCUCAGGGAGAUAUGUCUGUUGUCUGCGGACCACUGGGUAUGUCUCACAAUCAACAUGGUAUAGAAUUGCCAGCCAGCAGCCAUGUAAAUCACCUUAAUGACAGGAGGAACAGCACUACAAGCACCAUGAGCUCAGCCUAUACUGUGAGCCGCAGAUCCUCAGUGGUGUCCCCAUACCCACCCAAUCAAAGAGCAGGUGAUUCUGGCAACAUGGUGGAUUCGUAUGACAUUUCUACAGACCCUUCUGGACAUUCUAAUGAAGCUGUUUGUGCUAGUGGGCUUCCGGGCCUUACUCCUGCACAGCAAUAUAGAUUAAAGGCAAAGUAUGCUGCAGCAACAGGUGGUCCUCCUCCUACCCCACUGCCCAACAUGGAGAGGAUGAAUACAAAUAACAGGAUGGCAUUUGCUUCUAGUGAUUAUCGUGGAUCAGCCAUCUCUUCCCUACAGAGAAGACAUAGUAGCAAUGAGUAUCACAACUAUGGAACAGGUAUUAUUCACCCAGCUCAAGCACCAGGUGCUGGAAUAAGAAGAGCUAGUGACCCUGCAAGAACUGGGGGAGAUAUUCAAGCAGUGCCAAAAGUGCAGCGCUUCAAGAGUAUGACAAAUAUGAAUGUAUCUAUGAUGGGGAGACAAGGUACCAGUAUUCAGCAAGCAUAUGGAGGAUCUGAUGCUAAUUUACAAAGACAUAUGUUUUCUCCACGGCCUCCCAGCAUUACUGAGAAUGUUUUUAUGGAAACAGCAGGUCCCGAUGAAGUAUGCCAUACAAAGGAACAAGGCUUUAUCCAGUCUAAUGAAAUGCAGCACUAUAUGAACUACCAGGGUCAAGGAUCUCAGCUGACUGCACCCAAUGACCAUAUGAACUUUAAUCCCCAAAUUCAUGGGUUAGAUGGUCAAAGCCAAAAUGUCUACAGCCAUUCCCAGCGAGCUAUCAGCAACAUGCAUCUAAAUGCAGAGAAUUACUCAGGCCAGAGUAAUGUUUCAAAUUUCAACCAGUGUCAAAUGACUGCUCAUAACCAGCAUUUUCAGAACACAAGGCAAGCGUACAACUGUGCUAAUUUACCUGUACAGUGGAAUGAGGUUAGUUCAGGAACCAUGGACAACCCUGUCCAAAGGCCAAAUCACCAAAUUAUGCAUCAAAAUAUGUCACCUGGAAAUCAUUGCCAGAGUCAGCUCUCAAACUGUACAGUCCCAGAAUCAACAAAGCAGGGUUGUCCUGUAAACAGAAAUUCAUGCCAGCAGGGAAUGUAUAUGAAUAAUCAGAAAUAUAACCAUGGGGGUCAGGUGCAGGUUAAGCCUGAACAACAGUUCCACCAUUCAGCUCCUGCCAUGAUGUCCUGUCAAAACAUGAAACAUCCUUCUAGACAAGAGCAUCAUUUUACAAAGACAAAUACAAUGCCUUUGUCAUCUGAAGCAACAAACUGUGAUUACCAAGGGCAACAAGACAGCACUCAGAACUCUUGCUUCAAUGUUGGCCUUAACCCUAAUUUGCUAAGCCCUCCAGGGCGUAGGUCUCAGACACCCAUAAUGCAGGUGAAGGAAAUAAUGGUCAGAAACUAUGUCCAGUCCCAACAAGCGCUAAUGUGGGAGCAACAUCCAAAAAGUAUGGCCAUGAUGACCAACAGUGGGGAUGAUGUAGACACUGGGCAAAACCAGCACAAGAAUACUCCUAAUGCUGCUGUUUAUAUGGGUCCUAAGUAUAUGAAUUAUCAGGGCAAGCCAUCACCAAACAACCUAAUGAGCCCAAGCUCUCAAGACAGCCAGUCUAGUCACACCAAAGCAAUGGGAAGCCCAAGCAGUCAGUGUUACAACUUUGACAUGAUGCCCCAUCCCCCCUGUGGCCCCAAACCUUUAAGCAGGCAACACAGUGUAUCAAGUCAGUCAACAUACAUGGGUAGUCCAAAUCAGCUUAGUCCAUCUUACCAGUCAUCUGAAUCAAGCCCAAGAAGAAUGGCCUGCCUUCCUCCAAUUCAGCCUCAGUCUGAAGUCACCAAUAAUACAAGCAUGAUGUAUUACACAGGUCAAAUGGAAAUGCAUCAAAGUAAACCAGGGGUCCAUAAACUUACUACACCACUAAAUCUAAACCAGACCAGCUGUGAUGGACAUCAACAUGGCCAGUACAAUGCAAGUCAUAGCUUUCUAAAGACAGUGCCUUACACAAGUUCAUGUCCAGCUGCCAAUACAUUGGACAGUCUUGAUCUGGAGAAUACACAAAUUGAUUUUACAGCAAUUAUAGAUGAUGCAGAUAAUGCUUUGAUGCCUGGGAAUAUUAGCCCCAAUGUACUAGCAGGAAGUUCUCAAGCUUCCUCACACUUGACCACACUGCGAAAUACAGGAGCUGUUGUUCCAAACAUGGUGGUGGGGGACUUGAACUCAAUGUUAAGUUCUCUGGCCGGAGAGAAUAAGUACCUAAACACAAUGUCCUGAGCAGUCUAGACGUGGCCUGAAAACAUAUAUGUAUGACAACUGCCCUCGAUCAGACUGAUUAUCUAUGGCGCAGAGCUCACCCACUUAUUUUAUUCGCUCUUGAAUUCGUUGGACGUUUAGUAGACAUUGUGCUUGACAAAAAUAAAGCAAAUGUAGGUUUUUGCAGGCACAGAAAUGCACACUUUCAUUUACUCUGUCACUUUUUUUUAAAAAAAUCAUAAUGUUGACUCUUUUUCACAUGACAAAUUUUGCACAUUUUAUAAUUGUAAACCCUGAAAAGCUGGUUCAAUUCACUUAUAACGGUUGUAAGCCCAAAGAAUUUCGCCUAAUGAAAGAAAGUGUAAUUAUAAUUAAUUUUAAAAUACCUUACUUACAAAUGUUACGAUGGUUUUAAAGAGAGCUAACUUCUGCUACAUUGUUUAAAGAAUAUUUUUGGCACUUUCUUUUAAAGGCAAAAUGCUGUUUAUGGGUUUACAUUCUAUUAGAUGAUAGACGAACACAACUGUAUAAAAAAAGACUGAUAGCUUUCAUGUUUAAAAACGGUAACGUUGCAGUUUCAGGGUUGUAUUCAGUUAGAGCAGCAGGAGCUUUUUUCACUUUUCUUGGGUUUUAGUCGUCCUUGUAAAGUCCCCUAUUUGGUUAAACCAGGGGUCCCCAACCUUUUUUACCCGUAAGCCACAUUCAAAUGUAAAAAGAGUUGGGGAGCAACACAAGCAUGAAAAAAGUUCUUGGGGUGCUAAAUAAGGGCUGAUUGGCUAUUUGGU